CUUCUACAAAUUCAAGUCGUUGAGAGCCUACACGUCACCGAAGCGUCUGAAAUCUUUCGGGUUCUACUUGAUAAUCUCGAAUACUGCGUUAAAGUGGUUUUUUCAUAUAAGGGAAAUGAGCCAGGUUUCGCAGAUGACGGCAGAGAUCUUUGUCAAUAUCGCUGCGAGUCGCAAGCAUACCAGGUCUUGCAUGCCCACGGCGUCUGCGAGCUAGGGAUAAUACCAUACUUUUAUGGUAUAUUCGAGUCAUUUGACCCUGAUUUGCUAGGCUCUGCUCUUGAAUCAUUCAAGGGAGACCCAACCCCCCCAUGUGCGAUCCUACUGGAAUAUCUACGGGAUGCGACAAGCUUUGAGAAGGCCAGUCUCUCUUCAGAAGCUAUCGAUAUGGCAGUUAACGGGUUGAAGAUCAUCCAUGGCGCGCAUGUUGUUCACAAUGACGCAUAUCCAACAAAAAAAAAAAAUCCUUAUCGUCCCGGGAGCUACUAGCCCACAACGCGUUGUUUGGAUGGAUUUUGACGUGGCCAUUGUUUUUCCAGCUGAAGGAGUCCGGGGCCCCCUCGACUUGGACAAUGAAGCUCAAUGGGAACAAGAUGUUUUUGAAAGCCGCGUUCGUAAAUUGGUAGGAUAUAUCGCCCUUUACUAUUGCUCUGCUCGUCUUUUUUACUCUAGAUCUGUCUAAUGUUUGUCCUAGGAUACUUUUAUGUCUCGAUAUACGGGCAGCCGUGAACUAUUUACCAAGAAUGGA